AUGGCCGAGUCUCAGCUGGGCUGCCUGGACGAGGCGAACGUGAACGAGAAGGUGACCGAGGCGCAGGCUGCCUUCUACUACUGCGAGCGGCGGCGGGCCGCCCUGGAGGCGCUGCUGGCCUCCGGGGAGCCGGCCUACCAGGACGUGCUGACCAAGGAGGGGCUGCGCGGCUUUCUGUCCGGACCCGAGCGCCAGGCGCUCCGGGCCGACUGGCGCCCCUACGAGGUGGAGGCGCCGGGCCCUACCAAGGGCAAGGGCAAGACCAAGACCAAGGUCCAGGCUCCGGUCCCCGCCGAGCCUUCAGCCUCGCUGGCCUACUGGCCUGACCGUUCGGACACCGAGGUGCCCCCGCUCGAUCUGGGCUGGACGGACAACGGCUACUACCGGGGCGUCAGUCGCGUCACCCUGUUCACCCACCCUCCCAAGGAGGAGAAGGCGCCUCACCUCAAGGAGGUCAUCAGGACGAUGAUCCAACAGGCCCAGAAGGUCAUUGCAGUGGUCAUGGACCUUUUCACAGAUGGGGACAUCUUUCAGGACAUUGUCAAUGCUGCCUAUAAGAAACGGGUGCCCGUGUACAUAAUCCUGGAUGAGGCAGGCGUCAAGUUCUUUCUAGAGAUGUGCCGGACCCUGGAGCUCAAUGAUUUCCGAAUCCGGAACAUCCGAACUCGCUGCGUGACUGGUGUUGGGUUCUACAUGCCUGAUGGAAAGGUCAGAGGAACCCUGUCCUCGAGGUUCCUCAUGGUGGAUGGUGACAAAGUUGCUACGGGGUCUUACAGCUUUACCUGGCGCUCCUCCCACAUGGACAGAAAUCUUCUCCUGGUGUUGACAGGGCAACAUGUGGAGCCCUUUGAUGUGGAGUUUAGGGAACUCUACGCUAUCUCAGAGGAGGUGGACCUGUACCGAGAACUGGGCCUGACGGGCCUCAAAUACUCCUCCACGGUGGCUCGUAAGCUGAUCAACCCAAAGUAUGCCCUGGUGGCAGGCAGCCGCCAACCUCCUGGGGAGAUGAUGCGCUGGGCGCGUCAGAAGCAGGAGGCCAGAGGUGGGGAGAAGGAUGAACCACAGGAGGGAGGUGGGGAAGGCUCCGAGUCUGCCCGGCGCCUUGACAGCUUCCUCCACGACCUGGUCACCCUAGACCAGGUGCUGCCCGUGAUGGACCCUCCACCCCUGGAGGAGGCGGCCUGGAAAGGAGGUCGACAAGCGGAACCAAAGCCCAAAGGCAAGGAGCCUUCCGUCCGAGACGGGAAGAGUGAAGCCACCAAUGGGGCGGCUGCUACUGGCAAAGAGGGCAGACGCCUAGGUAGCAAGUUCAGCUGGAAGCUUAAGCGUGCUCAUGCCACCAACGGCAUGGUCAGCUCCCUCUCCAGUGAGACCUUCUCUGAAGGGGAGUUUGUGGUGGUGAGGAGGCCAGCCCUGGGCCCGGGUACCCAAAGCCCCAGCAACGGUGUCCACAGCAACGGCAGUGUCUCAGGCAGAACUAGCCUCAGUCCCGCCAAGCAGAACAACUGUGUGAUUUCAUGA